UCACGCUAGGCGUAGUUUUGCUUGCUGCAUUCUCCGCUGCUAGACUUGCAGGUGUGGCUUGCAAAUCCGUGUUUCACAAGUUUGGAAUGAUCAGCCGUCGGGCGCCGUCAACAAAACCACGCCUUCGCUGCCCUGGCUGGAUUUUCUUGCGAAAACGCGCAGUCAGGUGCGCGUCUGCCCGACUACUGAUGGCGCUGCGGAGCACGCAGAGCGGCGACGAGAUUGCGCGGGGCGGCGCUGCAUAGUUCGAGUCCCUUCGUCUCGCCAUUUACACGCACGCCUUCGACCCCGCAAUGGCACCGCUGGUGACAGUGAUGGCAUUCAUGGCAGCCGUCGCCACGGCUGCAGAAAUCUAUGGACUGCAGAGGAUGCCAGAGCGGCGCGUUCGCAGGACGGUGGACGCCCUGUGCGGCAGCGAGCGGUUCGUGAACGCGGUGGUCCGCGCCCUGAUGGACGAGUCCCGGCCGCUGCUGUCGGCCACCGAGCCGCUGGUGCUGGGCGACGGGCCCCAGCACGGCGGGGUCCGGCUGCUGCGGGGCCGGCUGUGGGGCGCCGCCACGGUGCACAUGCGCGAGCCCAUGCUGCUCCGCUGCGACCCGCGGCGCAUGGCCGUCGCGGUGCACGUGGCGCUCAACAACAGCGAGCUCGCCUACGACUGGGAGGCGUCCACCGACACGCCGCUCGGCUCUCGCGGGUCAGCGUCCGUGUUCGCGCGGCACAUGUCGCUCAAGGCGGGGGUGCUGCUGCCGCGCAAGGUGGCCGGUGCCCUGUCCCCGAUCCGCGUGACGGCCGUGCGCGUCACCGAGCUGAGCGGUGCCGACGUCACGGUGAGCGGGCCGUGGCCUUUCGCCGAGCUCAUGUCGGCAGCGGCCAACCUGCUGCUCAAGAGCUUCCCGGAUCAAGUGAGGGCGCUCCUGUCGGAACCCCUGCGAGACGGCCUGCAGCGCUACCUGGACGAGAACUUGGCCUAGCCGACGGGCAGCCACUGCACGUCCCUGCCUGUCUAAUCCUUACAAAACUUCUAGAAUAAGUUCUAUUGUGUUUCUGUCGACUUUCUGUUGCCUUCAGCUUAAUGUCUGUUGAAAUGCAUUUGAAUAUCGUGCGUGAUUUUGGCAUAGAAAGUACCUCGCUUUCUCCACGGCACUGACGACAUCGUCACUUGUGGGGCUCGCGAUCUAUUCGAAGGGUUGGGUCGCGGUCUUUCAAGAAAGGACUGCAAGUUGCAAGGAUGAAUUUUUCUUCCAGUGCAGCCUUCUUAUGCUCCUUUCUCUUUUUCUUAAAUGAGACAACUGACAUUGAGCAGCCAUCGCCACAUUCCGUGACUUAUUCAGUGAGUGCCAUCAGUCAGUGUGGUUCGGCCUUCUUGUGCCUUUAAUGCGCGUUAGCGUACCGUUACCGGCCACCCUAAAUGCGACACUUGCUGGUCGCACCUACCAGCAAGGGUUAUCGUGUUAAACAGCGCAAGUAUAGCAGUGAGAACAAGGAAGACUACACGGACGAGUUCUUCCCUCCGUCAAUGCCACCGAUAAACUGUAGAUAUAUGGCCUCUAUAGCAACGCGUCAGGCAAGCAACGUAACAUAGGACGGGAAAGGGACGCCCCUGACAGUAUUUCUGUUUGCUUAUAUAACCGUUGUUGGGCUGCUUCAUUCGUCAAAAUUACCUCGUUAUAGUAACCGCUUUCGUCACCCUGACUCUGCCACUUAUGUAUGGACGGCGAAGGAAACCGUAGCAAAAAGUGGAAAAUGUCACAGAGAGACAUGGUACACAAACUAAACAGCAGACAGUUCGGUUUGGUUAUACGUGUGCCGAUUGAAGUAAUACUAUAUCAUAAAUAAUUUCAGGAACUGCAUAUGGCUAUUUUUCUUGAUUGUUUUGUUUGAAAAGGCAGAUAGCUGCAUGUGCCAGCACUGACACUCAUUUCAUUGUCUAGAUAGCAUUAUGGACUAUAUUUUCUGAGAAUAUCUUGUCAUGGGGGUUUAAUAUAAUUUGUCCAGCAUAUAGAAUGUUUCAAUAAAGGUCUAUAGGUUGAA